AUGGCUUUUACUGCCGUAAUUUCUCUUAAGAACACGAUAUGCCGCCUUCUAAACUCUCCUCGUAUCUCCGUCGCCUCCCCCACUCGAGAAACCCUAGAAUUCGCAUACGAGCGCGUCGACUCUCUACAGGAAUCGCUCAGAAGAUACGAUGACGUUAGAAACAGCAGCAAAGGAGUGAUGGCUUUGGAUGCACGAAUAAGAGAGGAAGCGCGCAAAUUAGAAGAUGUGAUUGAAUCCGAAGCUUCAGCUCAGUUUCUCUUGCAAUCUGAAAUCCAUGGCACACUCUCCCUCAACCUCCAUCACUCAAUUUCAAAUAUCAAUCGCUUUGCAGAAACAGCGACGAGGAUGGAGCAAGAAUAUAUUAUGGAAUUAAACAAGCCGUCUGCUGAAGAAGAAGAAAAUGCCGCCGCUGCUGUUGUUCCGUUUGUAACUAAUUCAGUUGGAAACGAGUUUGAGAUGGUUGGAUUAUGUGAUCAAUUUCUCGAAAUCAGGGAACUGCUUAUUGAAGGUGUAGAUCAUCACAAAUUCUACUCCACUAUUGCAAUCCAUGGUAUGGCUGGUAUUGGCAAGACUAAGCUUGCUCAAAAACUCUUUCGCGAUUCCUUGGUGAAGGCAAGCUUCGACUGUCGCGCAUUUGUCACGCUUGCCUCUCGGGCCUUUGUCACGCUUGGCUCAGAGCGAGAUUUGGAAGAAAUUCUGCUAGCUAUUAUAGCUCAAGUAAAUCAUGAUAACGCCGAAAUGAUUAGGGAUGAAGAUGAGGAUUUAGCCAAUUACUUGCAAACAAGUUUGAGCGGUAGAAAAUUUCUCAUCGUGUUGGAUGAUGUACUGGACUCUGAUUUGUUCUAUCGAGUUUUAGCUGUACUUCCUUUAGAACAUAAUGAUGGUCGGAUCUUGAUCACAACUAGAGCACCAACAAACUUUAGCUCUGUUUACAUUUACAAGAUUCGGUUUAUGGAUGACGAAGAGAGUUGGGAUUUUCUGAGGAAGAAGGUGUUUGAUGAACAAGAAGAGUUGCCACAUCCACUUGUGAAAGCUGGGAAGAAGAUUGCCAAGAAUUGUGAAGGUCUUCCUCUGUUAAUACACACGGUGGCCGGGCUUCUAUCAGAAGCCCCGAAGAAUCCAGAGCAUUGGAACCAGGUAGCAGAGAAGCGAAAUUCAGUUUUUGAGGACGCACUUGAUCAAUUAAACGAGGUACUAUUACCAACCUACCAACGCAUCCCUCAAUAUGCUAAGAUGAACUUUCUCUAUAUGGGAGCUUUUCCUCCAGAUUAUAUAAUCACGAAUUCUAGGUUGGGGAAUCUGUGGUGGGCUGAAGGAUUUCACGACUUAGCCUCCUUUGACGCACCUCAUAUAUUAGGUUCGUGUAAUCUUGUUGUGGUUCGCGAGACUAGCACAAUAACUGGGAGGACUAAAGCUUGCAGUCUCCAUUGUGCCUAUAGACAUAUGGCCAAGAGAGAAGCUGAGAGUAAUAAGCUUUUUCAUGUCUUGAAUAGUUAUGCAGAUUGUUCGAUUGAAUGUGUUCAAAGGCACCGUUGUCUUGCCAUCCAUCAGAAUGUGUUGUUUGCCAUCAAAGAUGUGCACGACACAAUGGCAUCCGUUGCAGCUGUACGCUCUGUGCUAUGCAUGGGGCCGUAUCAUCAAUAUCAAGUGCCGAUAUGCUCGGGUUGGGAGUUGUUGAGGGUACUCGAUGCUCUUACAAUCCGCUUCUAUGAAUUCCCUCCUAAUUUGGUGAAUCUAAUUCUGCUGAGGUACCUCGCCCUCACUUGUAACGCAAGUCUUCCUCGUUCAUUAUCCAAUCUUUGGAACCUCCAAUACUUGAUCAUUCAUGAACAUCUCAGAAUCAAAUGCAUGGCAGCUGACAAUUCAUGUCUGCCUAUGGAGAUAUGGGAUUUGAAAGAAUUGAUGCAUCUCCGAAUCAUGGGAAGAAACCUACCCACUCCUCCUCCUGGCACAGUCUUGCCCAAGCUUGCAGAACUUUUAGAUGUUGGUGUCCAAACGUGUUCUACAAAAGUUCUUAAAAGUCUCCCUAACUUGGAGAAACUACGAGUUCAAAUCGAGUCUGCUGAGAAUUUGAGUUGCUUUGAUCGUAUCUCAUGCCUUAAUCACCUGAGAUCUCUUCAAGGUGUUGUCAUGUACCCCAAUAUCUUGCCUGAGCCUAUAAUCCCACCUACUCCUCCUCUUUCAAUCUCCACUUCUAGUCUUCAAAAGUUGAGCUUGGAGGGAUUUGGAUUAUCUUGGAUGGAAAUGAGCAAGAUUGCUGAAUUGCCAAAUCUUGAAAAACUAAUACUGCAAUGUUAUGCCUUUCAAGGAGAAAAGUGGGAUGCAAGUGGAAUAGUAUUCUCGAGAUUGUGGUAUAUUUGCAUUGAAGAUACGGAUCUUGUGCAGUGGAGAGCCGGAGAAGGAACAUUCCCUAGGCUUAGGCGGCUAACAAUGAAGAACUGCUACAAUAUAGAAGAGAUCCCUGCAUUUGUAUCUAAUGUGGAGGUUGAAGAACCAUCUGAUAUAGUUAUUGAACUGGUUGACUGCAACCCCUUGGCUGAGACUUGCGCAAAGCAAUGGUGUCCUUCCAUUUUAGCCCACUAUUCAUGGAAAUAA